UAAUUUAGUAAUAAAGUAAAGGGAAAAAAGUAUUGAUACGUAACAUAUUAGUUCAAUGUAAUGUACGAGUGUACACGAAAGCCCACAAAGUUCUGAUUCGUACUAGUGAUCUAUGAUAUCGAAAUGUUUUAUUUUCGCUGGUUACAUAAGGGAUAACGUAAUUUGCUAGUUAACCACUCGUUUUAAGAUUUGUUUAUUGCUAAGAUUAUGUUAUUAGUUUAGGUAUUAGUACUAAUUGCCUUAUUUGCCCUUCUGUAUAUAUUUUAAUCAAGUUCCUUCCUGGAUUUUAGUUUACUUACUAUAUUCAACACAUAUACUAAUCUUAUGAUUUACUAAAAUUGGUUUUAAUGUUAAACUGGAUUAUUAGUCUAGCACUUUGUGAGUGUUACAGAAAAAAAGUCUAGCACUUUGUGUUACAAAAUUAAGAGCUAGAUAAAAAGGCUCCAUAUAACAUGAAGAGAAAAGGAAAUGUAUAGAAAGGUUUAUGAGUUUUGACAUCAGAGAUAAAAGAGCUUAAACAACUACGCAUUACUCAAUCAACCUUCAUAAUGAUGUCAACAGGAAUAACAUUUAUCGAUGCAAAGAUUUUACAUUUCCUUCGCGCCAAAUGCUGUAAAUCAUGAUAGAAUGCAUCAGGUAACUCUAUAUAUUAAUUUUUAUUAUCUUAAUACCAUAUUUUUGAGCUUGAUUACUACUAUUUCACCAAGAUAUUUUUUUUUUUUGUAUGAAAAAAAGGUGUUUUCACCUUUUUGCCGGGAACCCAAGCAUUGUAAAUAGUCCCUCCUACCGUGAGUUGAACCCAAGUGGCGGAAGUUACAGCCGCAACCCCUUUACUACUAAGCCAACUCAACGUUGGUUUCACCAAGAUAUUUGAUAUUAUGCUUUCACAACGAUACGUAAAAUAGAAUCAGGUCGAGAAAAACUCGGACUUCUUUUUGUUAGGACGUCUCACAUUUUCUUUCUAAAUAUUGACUAAACAACGCUUCUCUUACAAAAUCAACAGGCGAUAGCCAUAGAAAAAAAAAAGUAAACGAAGAGCCAAAAAAAGAGGGAAAAAUCAAGAAUUGUCAGAGAGAAAAGAACAGAAGACAAACCCCCACCACCAAAAUUCCAUUGAAAAAUUGACAUCGAUUUUUGAAGAGAAACCAAAAUAUCAUUCUUCUUUUUUCUUUGUCUUAAUCUUAACCUAGUUUGAUCAAAAAGUUUGAUGACAAUGCCAUUUUAUGUAAAGUUAUUGAUUCAAGAAGAGAACACGCAACAACAAAAAGCUUCCUCCCUCUCCUCUCUUCUCAUAACAUUGAUGUCCUUCUCUUCUUCAUAAUACCAUAUAUUUCUAUCUUCCUAUAUCAACCCUUUCCAGUGGUUUGAUUUAUUGUUCAUCGACGUAUUUUGUUCUAUCUAGCGGCCUAAAAAAUGGCAGAGAGUCAGGUGAAGAAAAGGUGGCGUUGUGGAUUGUUGGGUCUUGUUGGUAGAUGUGGCUUAAGGUCCAAGAGAUCUACAGCUACAAAUGGUAGUCAUAAAAGCACAAUGAGCAGCAGCAACGCCUCCACAGCCUGCACCCCUAAUAUUCAGUUCACUAAAUCUCCAGGUAUUGAAUUAAACGCCAAGAAGCUUCAAGAACACAAAGUUUCACCUGAGCCGAUCCAGUUACCGGAUCAGACACAAAGACCUAUUUCAAACCCCUCACCCAAUCAAAACCCUAAUAACCAACAUUUAGACAAUAACGGGAAUCAACAAGAGAGUAACAAUCUGGAGCCGGUCCAACAACAAGCGAGGAAGGUUCCAAAGGAAGCUAUCGGUUUAUCCGGUGAGCUAGAGAGUAUGAUCAUAGACAACCAGAAAGCCAAAGGGAUUAAUGGCUCUAUGGUUCGAGCAUCUUCAGGCAAUGUGAUGUUGUUUGGCAAUCUUGGGAACUUGAAGCAGCCUGGCACAGCAGCGGUUGGGAACCAAACCAAUGUUCAAAACAAAGAAGAAAGACAAACAUCAUCAGUUGCACCAACAUCGGUUUCAGAUAACCAAGAACAGUCAGGAACUUUGUGUAGGGAGGUAUCCACACGAAUGGAUCCAGAAACGUUAAAGACAAUGGGAAACGAAGAUUACAAGAACGGGAACUAUGUAGAGGCCUUAGCAUUGUAUGAUGCUGCUAUAGCCAUCGAUCCAAAGAAGGCUGCGUAUCGUAGCAACAAAAGCGCUGCAUUAGCAGCAUUGGGGAGGAUCCUUGAAGCAGUGUUUGAAUGUAAAGAAGCAAUACGAUUGGAGCCUCAUUACCAUAAAGCUCAACAUCGGUUGGCUUACUUGUACCUCAGGUUAGGAGAGGUGGAGAACUCGAUAUAUCAUUUCAAGCAUUCGGGUCCCGAAGCAGAUCAAGAAGACGUUUUAAAGGCCAAGACGGUACAGACACUUCUCAACAAAUGCACUGAAGCCAAAAGAUUGCGUGAUUGGAACACUCUUAUCAAAGAAACGGAAAACACCAUAGGUUCAGGAGCUGAUGCAGCUCCUCAUGUAUAUGCAUUGCAAGCAGAAGCUUUUCUAAAGAGCUUAAGACAUCAAGAGGCUGAUGAUGCUAUGUCUAGAUGUCCGGUUUUGGAUGUGGAAAUGAGCACAAAAUAUUACGGACCCAUCAGUUCCGCUGGUUUCUUGGUCGUAUGGGCUCAGGUUCAUAUGUCUUCCGGAAGAUUUGGAGAAGCGGUUGAGGCGAUUCAACGAGCGAACAAGCUUGAUGGGAAUAACAGGGAAGUAAGCAUGGUUCUCCGGCGUGCGCAGGCGGUUAUGGCUGCGCGGUCUAAAGGCAACGAUUACUUCAAAGCUGGACGGUUUCAAGAAGCUAGCGCAGCUUAUGGUGAAGGGUUAGACCAUGACUCGAGAAACUCAGUUUUGUUAUGUAACCGAGCAGCAUGUCUGUCCAAAAUGAGCAAGUUCGAUAGAGCGGUCGAGGAUUGCACUGCAGCACUCACCGUCCGUCCUGCGUACACCAAGGCUCGACUGAGAAGAGCUGAUUGUAACGCUAAGCUUGGGAAUUGGGAAUCGGCGAUUAGAGACUACGAGAUACUGAGUAAAGAGACACCGGAAGACGAGGAAGUGAUCAGAGGAUUGUCGGAGGCUCAAGAGCAGCUUGUGAAAUGCCAAGGCCACCGUGAAAUGGAUCAGGAAGUCACUGAGUGAGGAGAGUCUUGUUUUUUUUUGGCAGUGAACUUUUAACUUCUAAUCCGUGUAAAUACAAACCGUUUGAGUACUAGUAACAAUAUAGAACAAAGAUUUUAAACUCGUACUUGAAUAUAUCUACUCCCAUAUGAUUAUUAUUUUAUUUUAUUUUUCUCUAUUUUGCAUUUGCUUAAUUAUCUAGUAUAUUUCUACAAACUUAGCCGAUCGACAUGAACAUGGAGAUGAAGAUGAUAAUAGAAAUGAUAUGGAUUGGAUACCCAUGCACGACUUUAUCUAAGUAUAAUACCAAGUAGUAUGUUUCUUUUAUAUUUAACAAAAUUUUAUACUAUGAUAUUAUAACUAAAAGCACAAGAAUUAGGACAAUUAUAUGUUUUCUAAAUAUAUCACUAAAAAAAUGGACAAUUCUCUCAAGUAGCAAUUUUUAAGUUUUUGUCAAAAAAUAACAUACAAGAAAGAAAAUGACUAAAAUAGCCGUUUUUAUUUUAAAAAUUUUAAUAUUAUUUUUAUUUUUAAAAAUUUGAAAUCAUAUCUCCAAAACUCCACCCUUUAACUCUAAAUUUUAAGUCUAGAUUAGUUAACCCUAAGAUAAAAAUAUAUUUAUAAAAAAGAGCUAUCCUAGGGUAUUUCUCUAUAAAAAUUAUAAAAAAAAAUUAAUCAAACAUAAAAAACUAUAUAACUUAUAAUUGGUUAGAUAGUUUCCUUAAAAUCACAUAGAAAUAUGUUUAAA